AUGGCCAGCCUCUUCACUUGGAUUAUUCUUGCCGGCUUUCUGGUCGUCCCUGGCACCUUCACCACGUUCAAAGAGUCCAAGGCGUUUCAGGAUGCUGACAGCGACAGCGACAACGAGGUCACACAUGCAAUUGUCCAUUCGAUUGCCAAUAUCGGCCUGCUGUGGCUUGCUGGAGCGUUUUGUGUCGUCGGCACUUUGGGGUGUCUCUGGCUGUGGUUUCGCUGGCGCAAAAACUAUGUCUGGCUGAUAAACCGCAUCUUCUUACCAGUCACGAUGAACUCUGUCGCCGGUUUGAUCACCACCCUCGUUAACGUCUACACGGCCCAGCACGGUGUGUGGAGUGUGACGGCAAAGAUCACCGCCAUUGUGACAGGGUCUUGCGUUGGCGUUGCGGGUCUCCUUUUCGGCUGCUACAAUUUCUGGAUAUUGCGCAGGGUUCAGAAGGUGCAUGAGAGAGAAAUGGGCCUCGACGCUCAACACGAGGACGAGACGCUGGUGGAAAAGGUGAAAAGAAAGGCUCAUGAGCCUCCGUUGAAGCCGGGCAGCGUGGUUUGA